UAAAUUAUAUGCUGAUUUUUGCGGGAGUUAUACGGCUAUCAGACAUCCUGUUCCUGUGUUGCGUUACCCAUAAGAGAGAAUUACACCGUACUUCACUCAGUUUAAUGCAAAACCUCAUCACAGCAGGAAGCAGCACUGCAAAUUGUAGCAGGACACUGGCCUGGUCGUCACUUCACGGUGUUACUGAUAAGGGCAUGAGCCCUGGCUAAGAGAGACAUGGAAGUGGCUAGGUCACGGUACAGGAUGCAGUGGCAACAGCUGAGUAUGGUUGUCAUCAUGACAUAUUUACUAUCCAAGUACCCUGUCACGGCUGAUGACAAGAAUUCAGAUGGAGAAAUGCAAGCAGAUGGAAUCCCUGAAUUUAUGCCAAGAUUUCUUCAACAGGGGGAAUGGGGCAAGGCAUUUUCUCAGGCACGUUCUUCAUCAGGUGGUGACAUAAAUAACCCUGGGAACACCAGUUCCAAGAAACAAGCUUACAGCAGCUCGUCAGGCUCAUUGACGAAGACCUCUUCACGAAAGACAGGAGAAUCCCAUGGUGGCGAGGUUAAGGGCAUCAAGAAACCUAGUGAAGCUGGGUCAUCAACAGUGUACAGUGGUGGAUGUGCCAGCAGACCUAACACGCCUCAGAAUGCUGUCCUGCACUGCUCUAUCUUCAGUGGCUGUCGAGCUUCUUGCAUGGCAAAUUACAUAUUUCCAAAUGGCGAAAAGCAGUUGUUCAUCACUUGUCAGGAAGGAGAGUGGCAGGUGGAAAAUGUUGAGUGGGAGGUUAUACCACAUUGUGAACCUGUGUGUCUACCACCCUGCCAGCAUAAUGGAAUCUGUGUGAAGCCAAAUGAAUGCAAUUGUCCAGAAAAUUAUGCUGGGGCACAGUGCCAGUAUGAGAAGAAACCGUGCCUUAAUUAUCCAACUCUCCCAGCAAACUCUCGUCGCUCAUGUAAUUCAAAGACAUGCACUAUAAUGUGUGCAGAUGGUCACAAAUUUCCAGAUGGAUCAGCCAUUGCAAACAUGAUAUGUCGUGAUGGAACUUGGAUUCCAAGCCAGCCAGAGUGGAAGAGCAUACCUGAUUGCGAGCCUGUUUGCAAACCACCAUGUGAGAAUGGAGGUAACUGCCUCUCUUUCAAUGUGUGCCAGUGCCCGCAAGAAUUCAGAGGUCCUCAGUGUCAGUAUGCUACUUCAGUUUGCUCUGUAGAAAAGCUUGGAUUUAAUGGAAACUAUAAAUGCAAGGGAUCUGAUACAAGUGUCACUUGCAAUAUCAGUUGUCCAUCUGGGUCUCAUUUUCAAGAGCAGCCUGCCUCUGAGUAUGUGUGUUUCUACUCAGCGGGAACAUUUCUCCCCACUCCUGUCCCACAGUGUAUCUUUGAGGCCGGUAUUGAAAUGUUACCUGGUAAUGGUCUACCAGGAAAGUUCCAGUAUGGAUCAUUAAAUUCAAUAAAUUAUCAAAAUUGGAGCAACACUUCGAGCUGGUCCCAGCUUCUUGGAGGUGUGUUACCAUUUGAUAUUGCGACUUCAGGAAGAACAGCAGUUUCAGUGAUAGAGCAGCUACCACAUCCUGGAUUCUGCUAUGUAUGGGGACAAAGUCAUUACAAAACUUUUGAUGGUAAAGUGUUCAGCUUUGAGAGUCAGUGUUCAUAUACAGUGCUACUUGAUAAGGUGGACAAUACGUUUAAUAUAAAUUUAGAACCAAAAGCCACUCACACUGUCAUCAGAAUAUUUGCACAGGAUAAGGAAUACAUCCUAACCCUGUCAGGCAAGUAUCAGUAAUAUUACUUUAUUUUU